UGCAAAUCAUAUACCUCUGCGUUUAUCUCUUCUUCACUCUCCAUUUUUUUUAACAUUCUAAAAGAUGCAGGGGGAGACAGUUAAAUUCAAGAUGGAUGUUUCUGAUCAAAACAUCAAACGGGAAGCUAUGAGAGUUGUCUGGAUGUUUUCAGGAGUUAUUAUGGUAGACGUCGAGGAGUUAGGUAUAGUAAAGGUGAAGGGAAUAUUUGAUAAGAUUGAAAUGAGGAUCAAACUACAAGAGAUUGAUAAUUCUGUUGACAUAAUCAUUCCGGUACCGGAACACGAACACAGUUUUCUUAUCCCACCAAAAUUGAAGUUUCCUUUUAAAGCUUUGAAUGUGCGCCUCAUACGGGAUGCUAUGGAAGUUAUAUGGGAGUUUCCAGGGGUUACUUCGGUAGAGGUCAACAAAGAUGAUGUUCAACUAGAAGUGAAUGAUGGAGAUUUUGAUAAAAUUGCAAUGGCGGCGAAACUAAAGGACAUAGAUGAAAAUGUUAGCGUUGGCAUCAAGGCUGGACCAGAUGAUGUACAGACACCCGAUAAUGGAACCUCAUGAUGGGUUCAUAGCCAUCAAGGCUGAACCAGAUGUUGAAGUGGAAGUGAGAAGGUCUGUUAGGAAACCAAUGCCAAAUCUUUCUAACUUCACUUUGGUUUAUUAUGAGUAAUUAUUCAAUAAGGAACUACUCUUCCUUAGCUGCAGGGAAGCAGUUUCCAUUUUCUUAAUUUCCAGUUUUUUUUUUUUUGUUGGAGUUUGGCUCCACUUUGCUUAUGUAAUUUUUGCUUAUUAAUCAACUGAAAAUAAACAAAAAAUAUUUAGUGUUAACGACCAA